GUCAGCAGAAGGAGGCUGAGGCCAUUCUCAGAGGGCUCUUUGGAGCCAGAGAGGGAGAUACAGCAAACCGCGUCUAAAAAUGGCAAACUGAUCUUGAUCUUGACUGGCUGAUCUGCGAUGAAGGACGCCUCAGACUCAUCAAUGGCCUGUGACGGUCAGGAUGCGGAGCCAGCCAUCGAGAUCUGCAACCUCUCUUACCACUACGAGAAGGUGCGGCAGACGUACCUCAUCACCGAGCUCGACCAGCGCUACGCCGACUGCCUCACGGUGCGAAACAAACAGGCCCAUGUGCCUCACGCCUGCAGUGAGUGACACUGACUCUCUCUCUCUCUCUCUGUGUGUGUGUGUGUGUGUGUGUGUGUGUCGUGUGUUUGAUGCAGGACAUCAGUCUCAAGAUAGCGAAGGGAUCUCGUGUGUUGGUGGUGGGCGGCAAUGGCGCUGGCAAAUCGACCGUUAGUCGGCUUGGCUUGUGUUGAAGGAAAUGCAUCAUGUUCAUGUCACGUCGGCUGUGUGUUUCCCUUCCCUCCCUAUUGCUGUCCGUCUCUCUACAGCUGCUGAGCAUCCUUGGAGGAAGAAAGGUACGCAAAGCAAUCACGAGCUGGAUUGGAUGCAUGUGAUGUGAUGGAGAACAUCUGCUGCUAUUGACCGACAGAUGGUUCCGGAAAGGAGUGCUCUCGUGCUGGGUCGGCCUGCCUUCCACGACUCAACGCUCAGCAACGACGUCAUGUACCUCGGCGAAUGGUGGAAGAACGGUCAGGGCAGUCAGUCAGCCAUAGGCAAACAAAGGCCUGCUCACGAUAUCUCAUUCUUGACAUGUACUGUGUUGUGCUGUCUGUCCUGUUGGUUCAGAGUUCUUCAUGGAUGUGCCGAUGCGCGACUGUGUGCGGGAGCAUCUGGAUGACCCCCGCUUCCAGGUGCUGCGUCGGUGUCUGGAUGUGGACCUCGACUGGCGCAUCUCGCGCGUGUCCGACGGACAGAGGCGGAGAUGCCAGCUGCUCGCACACCUCGCCACGUACGUCACGCCCGUAGCCAUCGAAUCGAUGGACCGACUGUUGUUGUGUGUGUGAUGGGUGGGGUGGGUGUGUUGUGGUGCGCAUGGCAUGGUGUGUGCAGGCGGAGGAAGGUGUACAUAAUGGACGAGGUGACGACCGAUCUCGAUGUGGUCGGGAGGGACUCGCUCAUGAGGUAGGUGGGCUGGUGUGGCAUAUGAAUCCGAUGCGAUACACACCGUAUGUAAGUAAUGACGUGUGUGUGUGUGUGUGUGUGUGUUUGUAUGUCAGGAUGUUGCGUCUUGAGAGCGAGCGUCGUGGCGUGACCAUUCUGUACGCCACGCACAUCUUCGAUAACAUGGAGGGCUGGCCCACACACAUACUUUACCUCAGAAAGGGGCAGAUCCACACCUUCUGCAAAAUGGAAGACUUCACACAGUAAGUAAAAGCAUGAGAGCGACACCACACAAGGCAGGUGGACAGGCCAACAUGCGUUGACUGACUGUGCCGUGUGUGUCGUGCCUUGUGUGUGAGUGGCAGGUAUCACAGACUGCGCGCAGAGGGCUGUCUGAUGCCCCUGUAUACCGUAGUGCGUGAAUGGCUCUAUGAGGAGCUUCACGAGGGAAACAGCGGCAGAGAUCUGACGCUGACAGACGAUGAGCUCCUCGGCGGGUCUACGAGUGGCUGAGAUGAUUGAUAUGAGUGAGGCUCUGACGGCUGUACAGUUGUUCUGGUCAGCUGUUUCUUGGUGCACUUGGAUCUGUCCAUGACAUGCGCCUGCCUGCAUGUGAGCGCAGCCUGCUUGUCGGCUGCAUGCCAGUACUAUAACCAUUGCAACA